AUGGUUUCGACAAAGCUACCCUCAUUUUUAUCCUCGACCGUCAGCACAGGAGUCACAAAUGCAUUUUACCACAAAAAAGUUAUUGAUCACUACGAAAAUCCACGAAAUGUAGGAGCACUCGAUAAGAAUGAUCCGAACGUUGGCACAGGCAUUGUUGGAUCACCGGCCUGUGGUGAUGUUAUGAAACUUCAAAUCAAGGUCGAUGAAAGUGGCAAAAUAAUUGAUGCAAAAUUUAAAACGUUUGGUUGUGGCUCAGCGAUUGCGUCAAGUAGUCUUGCUUCUGAAUGGAUUAAAGGCAAGACAACAGAAUAUGCUUCGAGAGUCAAAAAUGACGAGAUUGCGAAAGAACUCUGCCUGCCUCCAGUCAAACUCCAUUGCUCCAUGCUGGCACAGGAUGCAAUCCAGGCAGCUCUAAAAGACUAUAAGAAAAAACAGAAGGGAUCGAAUGGUUGA